AUGGAUCUGCCAAAGGCCUUUCUUCUCAACAAUGGCUACAGUGUCCCUGCCAUUGGACUCGGCACAUUUCACGGAGACGAAGGCAACUCAAAGGUAAAAGAGGCAGUACGGACGGCGCUACGACUUGGAUAUAGGCACAUCGAUGGUGCCAGUGCGUAUGGAAACGAAAAGGAGAUUGGAGAGGCCAUCAAGGAGAGCGGAAUUCCCAGAGAUGAGAUCUUUGUUACUUCCAAACUCGCACAAACAUGGCACGAGCCUUUGGACGUGCAAAGAGCUCUUGAAGCAACGUUGAAAGAUCUGCAGUUGGAUUUCGUCGAUUUAUACUUGAUGCACUUUCCUCAUGCUUACAAGGCCGGCGAACAAAAUAAUACAAUUAGGCAUCAUAGCGGUAAUGGAAAGCCUGUCAUAGACUACGAUCUGUCUAGAAGAUAUCCAGAAACCUGGCAGGCUAUGGAGAAGCUCGUGGACUUGGGACUUGCGCGCUCAAUCGGUCUCUCCAACUUCAAUAUUCUCAAAACAAGGAGGAUCCUCACCAUGGCCAGAAUUAUCCCCGCAGUGAACCAAGUUGAGAUUCAUCCGUAUUUUCCGCAGCAAGAGCUGUUUGAGCUUUCGUCUAAACAUGGCAUUCUUCUCAUGGCUCAUCAGCCGCUUGGUGGUCGUCCGGUCAGGGCGGUUCUAGGCUCCGGCAAGCCAUUCCCGACGGCGGAUGAGAAGAUAAACGAAAUUGCAAUCAGAUGCGGGAUUUCGCCGGCACAGGUUUGCUUAUCCUGGGCAGUGCAAAAGGGAAUUCCAGCGGUUCCGAAAUCCGUGCAAAGUGUCCACAUGAAGCAAAACCUCGAACUGACGAGGCUAUCGGACGAGGACUUCCGCGUCGUAGACCAGCUGGCUGCUGAGCGCGGCCCUGUUCGGUUCCUUGACCCGAGUCGUCACCUGGGAUUUGACAUUUUCGAUGAAGAGAAUGAUCAGCCGCUUGCCAACAGCGCGCCGUGGGACAAGGUGUGA